AUGGCCAUCAAACCGCCCGCCCUCCUGCUCCCCUCCCUCGUCUCGCCACUCUGCAGCUCUCACCACAUCGCCCAUUGUACCCGACCACCAUCAUCAUCAUCAUCAUCAUCCCAAUGCCAGCGCCUCCACAAGCGACGAUACGCAACAGCUUCCACCCCCGACUCCAAGAAAUGGUCCGACUCCAGCCCGUCCCCCGAAGAAGCCGCCCACGAAUGGCCCAAGUCGCCCCGUCCAACGCCCUACGAAGUCCUCGGCAUCUCCAACAAGGCCGCCGCCUACGAUAAGCGCCGCUUCUACCACCUCGUCAAGCUCUACCACCCCGAUACACACGACCAUCACCAUCACCAUCACCACAACCACAACCACAACCACAACCACAAUCAAACACCAUCCUCAUCCACCUCAUCAUCAUCAUCACCAUCACCAUCAUCGUCGUCGGCAAGUAGCAUAAAGUCCCUCUCGCCCGCAACCCGCCUCGAGCGAUACCGCAUGAUCGUCGCCGCAAACGAACUCCUCAGCAACCCCCCCAAGCGCCGCAUGUACGACACCCACGGCCUCGGCUGGUCCCACGGCGACCAGCCCUUCUCCCCCCUGCGCGACAUCGACAGGUCCUGGCGCCACCAGCCAGGGUCCGCCGCCAACAACGCCACCUGGGAGGACUGGGAGCGCUGGCGCGAGGCACAGCAAGGGGGCGGCGGCAAGGCCGGCGAGCCCGUCUACAUGUCGCACGGCGCCUUUGCCUCCAUCGUCGUGCUCAUGUGCCUCGUCGGGGCCAUGGCCCAGACCAACCGCGCAGAGGCCAGCGGCGCGCAGUACGUCGGCUGGGCGGACCAGCACAGCGCCGACAUUGGGGGCAGGCUGAGGAGGAACGGGUCGGCGGUUGCUGGGCUGAGCAAGGAUCAGAGGGUCGAUUACUUCUUGCGGGAGCGGGAAAACGUAAACUUUGGCUUUGCGCCGACCAAACACGAGGAUACUCACCCAUCUAGGCCAACCUAG